AUGAUUGGCAUGUUUAUGAAGUGGAUAUUUUGCACCUGAAAAUGAAGCAAUUCCUUGCUUCACACAUUUUUAAGCUCAUCUGUGAAGUUGACUAUAAAAAUCGUUCUAUUCCAGAUUUGGAUGUAAUAUAUCAUCGUCAUGAGCUACUUAGAGAAGAUCAGAGUAAAAAGGUUCUUGGGAUACAGAGAUGGUGGGCUGAAAAACUUGUUAAAUUUCAUAUUCGUUAUCAAUCACCACAAGUAAGCUGCCCAGAAAUAACUCAAAUGGUACUCUCAGAGCUUCCUAAACACACACAUUCUGGAUUUGUCAGACUUGCUCAAAAAAUAUGGUUGUUUAGAGAGUCUGUGAAGGCUGACAACUUUGCAGCUAUGUUAAAAUGCAUGUUUAUUUUGAAACAGCUGAGAGACAAAUGGUGUAUUGAUAAAUUUUAUUGGGAGAUGUCAAAAACAAUAAAGCUUUUCUACCCUUACAAAUUACCCAUUGGUUUUGAGGGCUGUGG